AUGAACGGAAUAUUUGCGGCUGAUCUUGCGGCUUAUCUGAUCCUCUCGCCGAUUGUCGUCUAUAUAUUCAUAACUCACCGAUGGACCGGGUUUCUGGCCUGGUACUCCCUAAUAAUGUUCUGCUCCGCUCGAGUUAUUGGAGGUGCUCUAGGAGUUCGCGACAGCAGCAGCAUGGCAGCGAAUAUCAUCCAGAGCGUGGGAAUCACGCCUUUAAUUCUAUGCGUUGACGGAUUGGUCCAUGAAGCCCGAACGUAUCGUUUUCCAUAUGCCAGCCGUCGCCUCAAUUGGUCCGUCGUGAUUGGAACAUCAGUUACCAUGGUGGUAGCUAUAAGUCUUUCUAUCAAGGCAUGCCUGGAUAUUUUCGAGAACAAAGCACAGUCCGACGAUUACUCAUUAUGGAAGGCUGGAUCAUCCCUGACCGUUGUGGUCUGGCUCUUCCAAAUUGGGUGGUCGGUUUACUCCUUACAAUUCCACGAUAAAGAAAUUCAAGGUCCGGGAUAUCAAGGCGGCACUGUGCUCCUUCAGGGUGCGCUAGUUGCACUAGCAUUCAUUGGUGUCCGUGUCAUCUACGCACUUGUUGCUGUUUGCACCGAGAGUAAAGAUCUUAGUCCAGUGUAUGGACUAAUGUCCGUCCGCGUUGUUCUUAUGUUCCUGCCGGAGUUGUUUGCGACCAUCACCAUGAUCGUCGUGGGUGUCCGCACCAGACAUCUCCGAGAACUGGAAGACGAAACGGACUAUGGAAAGCUUGAUGUGGUCCAGCCCACUUCGGUUGGCAUUGCGGCUUAG